AUGACUUCACCAUCUGAUUUUUUGAUGUACUGGCUUCCCUUGGUUCAUUAUCUCCGCCUCCGUCAGCCACCAAUCGUGGAAAGGAAAGGAACGAAGGCAGCAGUGUUGCCGUCAAGUAGCAACGAAGGUUGCUCCUUCUAUUCAACAACAAUCACGUUGGGAGGGAAAGACUUCGGUCCUCUGUUAAUAGGAGAAGAAAGAAACACAAAAACAGUCAGAAAAUGGUCGGUGACUCUUAAUCGAUCGCAAGGAAUGGCUGUAAUCGGCGGUGGGAAGUCGCUGAUUUUCUUCUCUUUAGUGGUGAUGUUCCAGGGAGGAAACGAAGGUGAAGGGUAG